AAUAUAAAAAAAAAAUCAAGUUCAAUAAAAAAAAAAAAAAAAAAAGAAAAAAAAAAAAAAACUCUUUUUUCGGGUAACGAAGAUUCAAGUUAGAUUCGGGAAUUUCAAGUCGAAAGAGAAAUUAAAUUCUAAUUAACAUCCAGAGUUCUCUUCUCGGUUCUUUCUGUAACAAAAAUUUUCCGCGUCUCAUUAAUAUCGUUUUUUACACUAUCCUACUCAUCUUCAAAAGUAUUUUCACUCUGUCAAUCUUUAAAAGAAAAAAGAUUUUUUUUUUUUUGGUAAUUACUAUGAAAACUUUUUUCUUGAUAUUCAAUAAACAUUCUCAUAAUCAGCGUGUUCCUAACUCUCGUGGUUUUACUUGGACGAUAAGUAAGCAUGGUAUCUUAUAUAAGGGAUUAAAUAAGAAGAAUACAGUUGCUUGUGUGAGUUAUAUGACUCGCGAGGCAUCUUCUCCGAUAGAAGAUAUAACGAAAUAAUAUCGUCGUAUAACACUUAUUAACAAUUUCUAGUCGCGUGCUACUAAAUACCAUGCAGUCGCGCUUAUGAUUUCGCUUUCGAACUAUUAUGCCUACGCCUCUAUUUUAUUAUCGAAUUUUUUUAAACAUCAUUAUCGGUAACUUCCUAGAAGUUUCUCUUUGCGAAAGAAACCUAAACACGUACACUAACUUUGUGUACUAAUUCUUUCUAUGCUAUCGAACUUAUUACUUGGACACUUAUUAUCCAACACGUGUUCGUUGAACGGUUGUUAACAAGAAGGCAUCAAUAACGAUUUACGAGGAAAACAAUAGAUUUCUUUUCCCCAUUUUUUUUUCGUUUUCUUCUCUUUUUUCACUUUCUUAAAACUCUGGAUUCUCUUUUCCUAUAUAUAUAUAUAUUUUUUUUUACAUCUGUCAUAUCUUCCCAUUUCCAUCUUACCGUAUAUGAGUUUAUUAUUAUUUUUGCAUGCUUGAAUAUUUGUGUUGUGAUCUUUAUAGGUCACCCUCCUGGCCGGUAUGGGCUCCACGUAUUCCCAAUGUCUCCCAAAAAUCCUCAAACCAGCAGCCUGCCAGACCCGAGACCUCUCUCGACUCCGAGUUUCCAUCCUCGUCUUCCCUGAUGCUGCUGGACCCACGUAAUCGGUUCUGGUCAGCGUCCAGUCCUCUUUCGUCGCGCGAGAGAACAUCGAUCACGCGAAAUUCUCUGAGAUCGAGCGUAGCAGUCGUUGCCGCGUUAAACGAUCAAAAUGAAAUGAAUCAAUCGAAAAAUGGCGUCGGCUCGAGCAAUAUGAUGAGCCGCGUCAACGAAGAUGUGGGCAACGACGUUGGUCUGUUUAAAGUGCCCGGGCCGCAGGAUGUGCCGCGACACUUACGAAAAAAUUUCGAAAGGAACAGCUUCGACGCGCGAAACGACCGUAACGCGGCGAAUUUGACGAACGAUCGGGACGACGGGCAACAGAACAACGUGGUUGCGUCGACUGUGAAGCCGAGAAUCGGUCAGCCAGGUUGGAGAAGCAUUUCGAAAACCUGCGAUUGUAUCGAGAAAGGUAAAAUCAGUCCGGUUUUACGACUAGCCGACCAGGCCAGAGCCGUAUCCUCUCCCGAUCCUCUUCAUAGGCCCGAUAACCCCAGAGCCUCGCUACGUUCCGCGACGACCGCUCAGACCCUCAGGGGUAUUGGCGGAAGUCACCGGAAGUUGCUGGACGGGGCGGGGGGCAAGCUGGCUACGGUCGCCACCAGCCCAGCGGACUCCGAGGAGUCUUCCUUAGGGGUUCCGGAAGUUGCUCCACCGAGCUCCCAGCACCGAAACAGCAUAACCCCACCAAAUCCUUCCGGAGGCUCGGGUUUGAGCGAGACGGGAUCUCUGGACCGGGCGAAAGCCGCGCUGGAGCGCAGGAAAAAGGCCGAAGAUGGCACAGGAAAUCCAAUCUUGUGCAGGGUCGAGGUGACCAGGCCAAACCCGGAUUCUCUGAUCGACGAACUGAUCAAAGCAACGAAUUUGGAGCAAACCGAUCUUGAGAGCUCUGAAACGACUGGACUUCAGCUAUUCAUAGCGAAAGACGGGACGACCGCGCUUGGCAGCCACGAAAUCAAAAGCCAGAUGCCCGCCGGUGUGUUCAAGCAGGUGGUGAUGGAGGAGAAUAAUAGGUAACACGAAGCUAUCGCGACGAGAAGACAGUACGCAAGACAGACCAGCGCCACGUUCUCGUUGGCCCUGGUGCCAGAGCUCGUCUACGAGGCCUACGAGCCCCGGUAGUUUGCGAGAACAACGACACUGGACGAGGGAAUCGUCGAGAGGACGGUGAAGAAACACGGCGAGGAUAAACGAACGCCCAGUGCACCUCGAUCUCCUACCUAAAUUAUUCAUUUCAGUUGCCUAACUGUCCUUCCGGCGUUCGGUGCUUCACGCUUCUCGUACGCGAACCGAAUCGAUCAUUGUCAUUUACGCUCAAAACGUUGCUAAAUUUUGUUUUCCUUUUUGAUAUGUCGAAUUGUUCGGCGCGGCAGUCUUCGUUGAACCGCGGCGCAGCUCGCGAAAUAAUUUAUAAAUUGUAAGGGGAAGUGGGACGAGGGAGGGCCAAAUUGAAUUCGCUCGAUCUCCAGAAUUCGACUCCGUGGUCCCGUGGCAAUUAGAGACGCAACACACGCACCGAAACGCUUCAAGCGAAGGGAGUUGUCUAGUUGACGCUUCGUUGAUCGAAACCGACCGAGGGGUGCACACUAAUUCAACCAUGAAACCGCGUAUUUUCUUCCGCGAAGUCGAAGCACAAUACAAAAUCAUUUCUUCUUCUUGUUUUUUUUUUUUUUUUUUUUCCUUCUUUUAUCAUUGUUACUUUCUUUCUCGUCGACCGUGCUUCAAGAACAAAUCAGGAGGCAUUGUUUAUAAAUAACGAAAAAAGACAAAGUUCUGACCAGAGAUUACAUGUUAAAAAGCGCGAGAAAGAGAGAGAAAGAGAGAGAGAUGACGAAGCGCGAUCGGCGCUCAGUACGUGCAUCAACGCUUUUUUUUUUUCUACCUGUGUUCACGGUUCCUUUGUUGUCCAUGUGAACGACUACUGUGCAGUUACUAUAAAGUGGACCGAGGCACGUUCGUUCGUCUCGAUCCUCGAGUGGAGUCGACGUCGGACGAACGUUCGACAAAACGGGAUAAAGCAAGAGAUGAGACGAGUCUCGAGCGCGCUCUAACGUACAAAAAAACAUUGUUUCAAACGACCCCGUUUCGACUGUGCUUCUCUUUCUCGUCCUGUUUUGCUAUCGUUUAAGGUACAAGCGUUUAAUACACACGUAUUACUCAUGUAUAUAGCGUUCUAUCGUUCGGUUGUUCAGUUAGUUCGCUCGGGCCGACCCGGACUCGUGUCAAAUGUCUCCGUCGGCGUUUCGAUAAUGUAUUUAUUUUUAUUCUACGAUUUAUAACUCCACUUUAUAGUAUUUCCGUCUAAUAUAUUGUUCGCGAACUGAAUUUUAUCACGAUCCUUUGUAUUAUUAGCCUUUACUCUGGCUCCUUCUUCUUUUUUUUUUUUUUUUUUUUUUUUUGUUUCCGUGAUCGUUUGUGUAUGUGUGCGUAUACAUGUGCGUACGUGUGAGAGAGAGAGAGAGAGAGAGAGAGAGAAUGUUAUUCUUUUGGAUACAGAUCGAAUUGCUGUUUCCUCCUGUGAGAGAAAGCUCCGUUUUAUGAGAUCGCGAAUCGGUGAAACAAGGUUCACCAAGUGCCACAUUAUUUAAUUUUUUCGAGGCUGGACAUUUUUCCGUGAUAUUACUCUAAUUAUCGCAUUCUCGCCCUCGUACCCUUUCCACUAUUCCCGUGAAACCAGAAACACGAAGAGAAGAAACAGGGAGAAGACGAAAGGAAGGAAGACAAAAAACGAGAAAAACAAAGAAACUCGUCUUCAAUUUUUCGGUUUUCUGGUGGCCGAGCUUCUCAAAACGCCGCUUCGCCUUGGAUUUUGAUGAGAUUGGAUUGUUUAAUCGCUUUUUUAUAAUAUAUGAAAAAAGAAAUGGCGUAAUUUAUCAGCUUCUUUUCGCAAGUUGUAUCAGAAUUUUUUCUGAAUUAUCUUAUUUUAAUGUACAGAACACAGAAAGCAACUGCAAAUUAUGAACAAAAGAUAAAAAUUACUUCAAUAUAGUGUGAAUAAGACAUUCUUCCCACAUGAGAUUCUUCCCCAAAUGAGACAUUCUUCACACAUCGGCUUAUUUUGAAUCGCUAAAAUCAAGAAUAAAGGUUAUUCAAACGAACAGUUUCCAAGAUAUUUGCCAAAAGAUGUAUCAUUACGAUCAUAGUGAAUUCUGCUGACAUAUCCUUGCGAUUGUGACGAUCUUUUUGUUAAAGUGAAACUUAACCGAAUCCAAUCUAUAAAGAAAAAAAAAAUAGUCGAUAUAUUAAAUUCUAUUUUGUUCUGCGUUGAGUUUUUUUCUUUUUCUUUUUUUUUUUCUUUUUUAAAUUUUGUACGCCGUAACGAAACGAUGAAAAAGGAUUCGACUAAAAUCCAAGGUAGAGCGGUAUUUUGGCCUCUUGUUGCAAUCGGCGACCGUGUUAGUGAUUCGUUGUAUAUAGAAUGGUAGUAACUGUUACGUAGGUAAAUGGCUGGUGUUGUAUAUAUACGUUCUCUCCCUCAAUUACUCAAAUUACCUGUAAUUGCUAGCGUAUCGGACAGCGCCGACGAAAGUUUGUCGCACGUCACCUGCGAAUGAAAAUGACAAAACAAGCGAGAAGACGAUAACGUUCUGUGUAUAUAAGCGUGCCUGAAUAUGUGAGUGUGAAUGAGAUUCAUAAAGAGAGAGAGAGAGAGAGAGAGAGAGAGAGAGAGAG